AUGGCGUCCGUGGUCGUGCUCGCGGCGACGUGUGCGCACGCCGCGGCGCAGCGUCCGUCGGUGCUGAGCUUUGGAUUCUUGGCGGCGUUCGCGAUCGAGCGCGUGCACGAGGGUGGCGGGCGGGGGACGGGAGGGAUGACGUCGACGCAGAGAGACGCGUGGUGGAGCGUCGUGGGCCUGAGCGCGUUCGUCUUGCUGGGGAACUGCGCGACGCAGGCGGCGUACGUGACGUUUGGCCCGUCGUGGCCGCGACAAGCGUGGCAGGGGAACGUUUUGAGGUAUGUGGGGUUCGGAAAGCUGGACGGGGCGAUAGAUUACGCGUUGUUCUUCUUGCCGUAUUUCGGAAUCGCGUUGGCGGCGGCAAGCAAGUUGUACGUGGACCGGGCGAGGGAGGAGGCGGGGAUCGACGGCGUGGGAGCGUUCGACGACAAAGACGGGUCGCCUAGGACAAUAAUCAAGGUGACGGUGGCCUCGGCGGCGGUCGCCGCGGUGACGGUACCCUCGGUGUCGUCGUUGAUGUACUUGUUGUUCGUCAUGGCGUACUUUGUGUCAGAGAUGAGACGCGUGGGCGUCCACCUGCCCAGAAGCGGCGCGGGGAGAUUGAAAGGGGUGCGAGAACGACUUUUGAACUUACCGAAAGUGGCCACGGUGGGGUGUCUCUGUUACACCGCGAUUCACUUCAUGGCGGUUUACAUGUAUCAGCUGCCGGAGUUGCAGUCGUCGGCGCGGCAGUCGUCGGCUCAGCUACUCGGAUUGUAUUCCAUGGAUAAAUCCGAGGGACCGUUGGCGAGGUUCAUGCGGCUGACACAAAUUAUAGCGAUAGGAACUCUUUUCAUGGGGUUAUGUGCGGUACAGUCGAGUGACAUUCGUCAAGACGUCGAGGUAGACGACGACAUGAGCAGACCUCUGAUGGAGGGUGAGUCUCUUUCUGAUGCGGACAACGCUAUCGAGUUCGACGACAUGGGCAUAGUUCGUCGUGUAGGCGCUAGAUUUGGAGGUAUCUUGGUUGGUUUCGCGCUGCUGUUUACGUCGCUGCUCGUGGUGAACAUCGCGGCGUACCCAAUGCUUCUGCUUGGGUUGAUGCUCGUUGUAAGUCCAGCGCGACAUUCAACCUUCGCCAACAUCCACGGCCCGUUCAUUUUCAUGUACGUUUCUGUGUGGAGUGUAUGCGAGUAUAUGUUGCUAUGUAUCCCACCAGUGAUGUUGGCGUCCAUGUACGCAAAAAUUAGAGUGUUGCUCGAGGUUUUUGGCGCGCUGCCAGCACACGACGGUGAGCAAUCUGGUCUGAACGCGUUGUACAUGGGGAGUCUCAUAGCAACGCUGUCUUUCGUCGCUUGGAUCACAAAACUAGCCAGAGAAACGCCAACGGAUGACGAAUUAGAACAGAGGGUGCAAAGUGGUCUAGUAGCGGACUAUAUUCCGCUUGACGAUCUCGAAAUAGAGUACAGCCCCGCAGUUCGGGAUAGGCAAACGUGGGACGUGCCACUUGUUCAGUUGAUCUCACAUCUUCUCGUGCCGUUUACUCUGUGGAUAGUGGCACUAUCGCGCGCCGACUUACUCCAUGCGGCUCUACUCCUGGCCUUCUUGUUCACAAUCGCCAAGCCAGGGGAUCGAACGGUCCUUCAUCUCACAGCGCAGGCGCUUGCGGGCAUCGUGGCGGUUUUGUAUGUGUGGGUGAUGAACGAGCAUUUGAAUAUUUUCAACGUGCAAAGGGCAGAAUGGAAAACGAUGUUUGGCAUAAUCGGAUUGGAGCAUUCCAGCACGAUUCGCGCUGCAGGACCGUUCGCGUGCAUUCUGGUGGUCAUCUGCAUUGUAUUGUAUUUGCCGAAGAUUCUGAAUGCCCUGACACCUGAAGACGAUGAGGACGGAACGACAAUCCAAGGGCUCACGAAUUCAUUGAUAUCUCUAGGGAAGGCGAUUGUUUACGAAAUGUCGCUCGUGUGCGUUAAGGCGGUUACACGCUUUGGAUCAUACCUGAUUCUACUGGUUGGUUUGAUCACUCUUGAGACUUCUGAAUGCUCGCUCAUCAACUUGGCUCUCUUAGCACUCCUUGGUCUGACUUGCAUCGUCAGGCGUCACUCUGAAAACGAUCCUAAACGAUGGCGCGUAGUGUUGAUGUUUUGUCUCUUCAAUCUUGCCGGCCGAUAUGCCUUUGGGGCUUUCCCGCUGUACAGGCUUUUCGGUUUCUCUGACGAACUCAACGCUUUCCUUGAAAACACUGUCGGUCUUGCGCAAAACUUGAAAACAGGAAAGCUCAUGUCCGAAUUGACCGGACCUAGUACGUUACUCGUGGUCACAUACUUCCACGAUAUUGGGGCUCUGAAUUAUCGCGACACCGCAGAAGAGCGCAGCAGAUUGCCUUUGGCCUCAACCGAACUUGGAUUCUUUCCGCUCUUGAAGCGCGCCGUCAUCUUGCACGCAAAUAAAGUCGUCACCAUCUGCGCAAUCAUAUUCAGUCUGGAGCGGCUCGACUUGCUCGGAAUGUUCAUGCUUGCAGCGCUCAUCGCGGCGUCUUUAUCGAUGAAAACGACCGAUGGCCCGACUGAGGUGAUUGGUACCGUAGCGCUUAUCACAGCAAUAAUUGACUACGCAUACAAAAUUCAAUGGUUGCAGCAGGGAGACCACGCGAGUAUUUUCACCCUCUUAGGUGCACACAAAUGGCCAGAGUCUACAUCAUCGUUCAUCCCACAAAACGAAUCAUUGCUUAGGUAUCCUAUUCUGGUAAUAUUUUCAGUAGAAUUGACUAAGACUACGCGCGUGUGGUUGAGAAACUUACCGCCGGCGCUCAAGUCUGGUUGUACUCCAGAGCCGUGUCACUUGUUCUGGCCUCAGAGAGACACGAGAGAGUUACUGAUGAAGAAAAAGGCUGACUUGAUAGAAAAAGUAGAGUCAGAAUCGGACGCUGCAAAUGAAGAAGGAAUUGAUGAAGCUUCUGAUAAUGAAUCUGAUGUAUCUGAACGUAGUGGCAGUACCGCUAGCAAGGGCUCUCAAGAAUUCAAGAAACGUAUUCAACGCAAUGCACGAACAAAUGCGGGUCAGCUGAUGAUGCUAGUUUCUCUAGCGCCGGAGAUACUUGAGGGUAUGAUGGCGAACCUCAUGCCAGGUCUCUUGUACGUGGUUUUUGCCAUCGUUGGAAUUGCGUCGACCAACAUGCUCUCUCUUAUUUACUUGGGAGUGAUGUGGAAGUUGGUCAACAGUAAAUUAGGGUCUUCUCCGCGUGAUCGGCUGCUCUUGUGGCGCUUCACUACGGCCGUCUGCGCUCUCAUCGUGCUAUGGCAAUACGUUAUGUCGAUAGAGCUUGUUCAAAGUGCGGUGGAUGAUGUUCCUUCUUCUCCGUCUACGGCGAGGUCACUUCUCGGCACGAAUGAUUCGAACCAACGUGUCGCUCAGGACACAAAGCAAUGGCUCUCAGUGCUCCCGUGCGAUAAGAUGAUGCUGCUUGGUUAUUUUAGCGCGUUUUUUGUUGCUGCUUGUCAGCUUAGGAUGGACGCUAUUUUGGCCGCUCUGGAAGAGCGCUCAAGGUUGACAAUCGAGGCGACUCGAGCUGACAGUGCCGAAGAAUUGGAUGAAGAAAUGAUCGAACAUUUGGUCAAGACGAUGGUUCCAAGACGCACUCCGACUCAAAUAGCGCUUCUACCGGCGAGGACAGAGGAGUCGUCUUAUCUUGAUAUUCUGUUUGCACCGCUCACCUGGGAGGCAAGUGCCACAUGGACAAUCUUGGAAUGGACGCGCUACUUCUAUUUGAGAUACGCUGUCGACUGGACACUGGUCAUGGUUAUGUUCUUCGGUACCUUCUCGCGCGAUGUGCUGCAUCUCGGUUACUUGAUACUACCGUUUUACUUCCUUCGCGCGAGAGAAGAUUUGCAAAAGGAUGGACGCAUGGGCCUGAGAAUACUGCAGCUCUACAAUGUGGCCGUCAUUGGAGUCGUGCUUCUGUAUCAAGCUCCUUUAGAGGCUUUAGUCGGCGACUGGUACGCUUCGAUCGGCUCCGAGUGCACUACACUUCAGUUAAUCGGUCUUUACAAGCUACGAACUGUGCUUGGAUGGGAAGCAGGCCAGCUCAAUCCAGAUUUACUCGUGUUCGCCAUCGUCCACAUUCUACGAAGCACCAUUGUGCAACGGACGUAUGAUGCCGCGAUGACGAUGCGUAAACAAUCGUUGGAUGCUGAUCAGAUGAUGAAAAACGCAUUGCAGUGGGGUUGGAUUCGAGAGAGCUUAAAGACGUGCUUGUCAAAGCUGAUCGAGAAGGAAAGUCGCCGUCAGCGAGUUGAGGAUAUCAGGAAUGAAAUCACGUCAUUAUCACGCGAGAUUCUGGCCGUCGAAAGCAGAGGAGAAAGUAAUCGAAAAUCUACAGGCGACCGCAAACCACUGAGCGAUACGCUCAGACGUCGUCGAGGGGAUAAUGAUGAAGAUGCAGUUGGUAUGGAUGCUCAGGAUGAGGCCAUGCCGAAUAUUCAAGAUGAGUCAUCUGACAAAAGUGACGCCAAAGCAGCAGAAAUUCGAGAUUACGAGAAAAGAAUGCGGAAAAACCUUGACGAUGAAGAAAAAGAUUUCACUACGCUGCUUCAUACUUGGCUCCAAGAUCAAAGUUCGACUGCAGGGUUACUGUUUGGUGCUUUCCUCAAAGCGUGGCCAUGGCUAACGGCACCUCAAUUUUCGAUGUGCUAUUUCUUCAUGAUGCUCGCAUUCGCAAUAGACUUUUCGAUCGUCGCAAUUGUGUUUCCCACGUCUAUAAUUGCGUAUGGAUUGAUGGCAUAUCCCUCGGCUCCUGCUGGGUUUUGGCGGUUCAUACUCCUCUACUCAGAAGCUGCCAUUCUCAUCGCAUAUGCUGUCACGAUUCCAUGUUCCAUGUCUUGCUCGGCUGGGACGGUCUGCGAUCAUGUGGAUAUGGUAUUCGGCAUCAAGAACACGACUAGUCCGUUCGUUCCCUCCAUAAUGGGCACUUUCAUGGCCUAUGUCUCGGUGAUGGUGUACUGCUCCACUCAAACUGUGCGCCUGGGAGAUGUUUUUGGAGAGGAGUGCGAGCAAGACGAUGACGUCGACCUAUUCGCAGCCAGCGCUAUAUUUUCUCGUUUCAAGAGAUUGCAGUUUGAGGAGAUCGAUGCGGACUUCGCUCAGCAGGGCACUACGGCGUCUUCUUUGUUGCAUAUCAAUGUUUCAAGUGGUAUGAUGACGGAAUUUGAUAACUUCUUUCAACGCAUCCUCACUCAAGAGGCCGAAUAUGGUCCUUCGUUCGUUGCUUUAUCAAUCCUUGCCACAAGUGAUGUAGAACCAGACUGGAGCGACAUCGGCACUCGCGUGAACGAGGCGCUCGUCAAUCAUCAAGCGCUCGAGAACGGUGAUACACGUGAUUCUCUCUCCUACUACACUCUCGAAUUUGUGAAGGCCGAUCCGAACGGAUUACACAAGAAUCCAGAUCACUGCGUUGCUGUAUUCCGGGUCAUUGCCCCGAACUCUAUCCUGUGUCCAAGUGCCGAAGCGAGAAAAGCGAUCGAGGCGCUGCAACUCCGUGAGGCAGCUGGAAAUUCAGAAGGUGCUCCGUUGCGCAUAACGUCUGUUCGCGGUUUCCAUCAAGAAGGGGGUGAUUUCUACACAGCAACUCUUUGUUUUGACGUCUUAGCGACAAUAUUUGUGGCGAUGUUCUAUCAAAGCACGGUGGAUUCGGACGCAGACGCCUUAGUCGAGACUUACUUUCAAGGCCUGUUCAAAAUUGACUACGUCACCGCUGUCUUCGUUUUGUUGGUACUCAUCGUUGUUGAUGGCGUCAUCUACAUGAAAAAGGCGAAGAUUGCGAAAGUUUUCUACCAUUACUUGACCUACACCGGGUACAUCGGAUUUAUGAUGUUGGUUUUCUACAAGAAAACGACGACGCAUCAUUCUUACGUGCAGUUCUUCUUCCUUCUGAAGUCACUGUCGUUCACGCUGGGUGCUCGACAAAUACGCUGUGGCUUCCCGUCUGAGGUGCUCACGAACAGCGUGAUUUUCCAACGAUCGGACAUGAUCUCCUUCGGUGCAUUCAUCGCAUACUUCUCUCUCCCAUUCAUGUACGAGCUGCGCGUCCUGCUUGAAUAUGCGUGCACGGAUAGCGCACUUGAUCUGUACGACUGGUUGAAGCUUGAGAACAUUUCGCGUUCGUUGUUCAGAAUCAACGUCCGAAACAACACAUAUCACAAGUAUCAUCCAUUUGGAGAGCCGCAACCGAUGUGGAAAAAAGUAUUUUUCGAGGGAGGCGGCUUGUUUACGAUCAUUUUUGGCCUACUCGUCGUGCCAUUCUUCAUUUUCAGCACUUCAAACCCACAAGUAGAUGUGAACCCGGUUUUCGACAUUCGCUUCAACAUGAGCCUGGUCGGAGCUCAAAGUACUUUUACUUAUCCGAUUUUCGAUGGUGGCUUCCGAAAGACUAUCGAAUCUAAAGCAUGGUCGGAUCUGCGAACCGACGGUCCGAUGCCGCAGAUAAACAAACCAGGGCAAAUUCAGGAAGCUUGCCUAGCGGAGGACAGCGACAGUGUUUGGAACGUGCCCCCGCCUUCUCUUGCGGCUCUGAAAACAUCACUCGAACAAGGGGCAAAAUUGACCACUGGCUGGGUCUUCAAGCGUCAUUUACCGAUUGAUAACCCCAUUUUGUACUCAGACGGUACUAAUUACGAGUUUGAUGAAACUCAAACAAAGGCGCUGAAGCGCAUCCUCAACGGCGAGCAGACAAGUGUCUUCCUCGAAGGGAUUUAUCCUCGAGUCUGGCACUUACACGGCAAGGGCGCUCCUGUGCCCAGAUAUUUUAGCGACCAAACGGUGAGCUGUUCUCUCAAGUUGAAUGGUUUCAAUUCGACCUCUCCCUGGUGGUCAGUUGAAUGUGGAACGUACGUUUCAGAGCGCGACGUCAGUGAUAAUGGACGCACAAAACUUGCUUGGUGGCGCCCGUGUAGACAUUUUGAGGACGGUCCUGAGAUCGUUCUCGUAUCGUCUGAAGUACCUACGGGUGUUUUCGCGACAUUUAGCCAAUUUGUCGGCGGUCUCACGGGCGUGUACGUUGUCUAUAUUUUGACGUUAUCGUCCAUUGUGAGAGGCUUUACGAACAAUCUUGUGGGCAGUAUCCAGCAUGUGGACUUGCCGUCGACGCACCGACUCAUAUCACUCUGUAGCGAUAUCUAUAGCGCUCGACAAGUGCGGGACUUCGUACUCGAAGAGCGCCUGUACUGGCUCCUAAUCAGAAUCUAUCGAUCUCCAGCGGUGUUGUUCGAGUUCACGCGUACAAAGGAUGGCUCCGCCAUGCCUUUGCGUCCCGAGCAGUCGUGA